UCCAGGUUGCCAUCGUGAUCUUCUACUGACUGUACUCAGUACACACCGUGCCAGGACAAAGAGAACUGACAGAGGAUCACCAGCCAGAGAUCCAUUAUCUCAGGAGAAUCCAAUGGAGACGGGUUUGCACAAUGGAAAUGUGUCGGGAUCCAGGGACCAAGAUGAACGAAAAAAGAGAACAAAGACCAUACAAGACUUUGUAAAUGAGUUUCCUAAAUGGGAACGUCGAAUGAACAGUCAUAUACGUGAACUACAAGAGAUUGCAGAUGGUAUUGACCGAUAUCAUAAAGGUGCAACAAUUGCAAAUGUUACUGGGUCAUCUGCAGGGGCUGUGGGUGGUGUCCUCACCCUGGCAGGAAUCAUUGCUGCUCCUUUCACGGCAGGCGUCUCCUUGGUACUCACUGCUGUGGGAGCGAGUAUAGGUGGAGCUGGUGCUGCCACUAACUUGACAGCUGGCAUCACUGAAUAUGUUGACCGGUCAAUUAAACAAAAAAAGGUAGAUGAGAUCAUAAGACGAUAUAAAAGUGAUCAGAAGGAAAUGUCAGAACACUUGACAGACAUCUGCAGUGAUCUCCAGUUCUUGAGUCAUCUCAUUGAGGAAGGAAUUACAGAAUGUGAUGAUAAUGAAGUUAAAGCUGGAUUGCAAUCUGGUUCCAUCAGCAUGAAAACACUGAAUGUGACAACAUCAAUAAUGGCCAAACAAGUACUGAGCAAAACACCUGGUCUCAAAGAACUAGCUGAGAAACUGACAGCACUGAGUCACACUGCUCAGAAUGGCACUCCCCUGGCAUUGUCCAAAAUGACAAGAGCUGUUUCAGGAGUUGUGGGAGCACUCUUUAUAGCGUGGGAUAUCUACUCCAUUGCAAAGGACUCCAUUGAGCUCAGCAAGGGAAGUAAAUCUGAAGUAGCUAGAAAGAUACGAGAUGAAGCUCAGAAGAUGGAGGAUGCAUUAAAACUCUACGGCGACAUCUCAAUUUCUAAAAAGGUUCUUGAGAGAGACUGGGUCCAGGCAUUGGCGGCAAGGCGGCAGAUGGAAGACAAGGUACGAGACCAGCAGGGAGUUCACUGA